UAGAUGACGCGACAACAGUUGAAGAAUUCUGGAAAGCUUAUGAAGAAGUCAUGUAUGCCUAAAAAUGAUGUGACAGAAGAUCAAGUUGGUCAAAUAGAACAAGGGAAGUUUAUUGAAGAACGAAAUGUUAUGUGCUACGUAGCUUGCGUUUACACUAUGACACAAGUCAUUAAAAACAACAAAUUGAGUUACGACGCGGUAAUUAAACAAGUCGACACAAUGUUCCCAGCCGAGUUGAGAGAUGCUGUGAAGGCUGCAGCGGCCAACUGCAAAGACAUAAGUAAAAAGUAUAAAGAUAUAUGCGAAGCUUCUUACUGGACCGCAAAAUGUAUGUACGACUAUGAUCCAAAAAAUUUCGUGUUUCCAUAAAAAAAUUGACUUAAAAGAAACUUCAAAGAACAUUAAAUCAUUGCGAAUUUU